AUGAAGGAGCAGGGACGAGGCAUACCACGGAGCUCAGUGAUUGAUGACGAUCAGAUUGUAGUUCCGGCAGACGAAUUCGAUGAUGAUGACGAUGAUGAUGCAGUGGGUCUGAUCGAAGAACAAGAUGAAAAAGAUGACUUGGACCACGAAGCGAAUGAAGAGGAAGAGGAUGAGAAUGACCAAGGAGACAUCGAGGAGGAGGAAGAAAUUCUUGGAAAAGCGGGAUCGAGUGAGUUUGUUGAGGGCGAAGAAGCGGAUGCAGGGGAAGAGGAGGAGGAGGAGGAGGAGGACGCAGAUAAAGCCGAGGACGCAGAGGAGGAUGAAGAUGAAGAAGAAGACGAGGGGCAGAAUGAUAACCAGCUUAUCUCGGAAAGCGUUUAUGAUGGGUCUGUUCAACCCACCCCCAGUGCAGAUGGAAGAGGCCAUGGAGCCCUCGAUGCCUUGUUGGCGGCCGCAGCUUCCAAUGAAGGUGCAUCAGGAGAACAAACAUCUGCGAAGACGGACAAGCCGGCGAAAAAAAAGGACGACAAAGUGUGGAUCCCCGCAAAGAGACAUGUUCCACUUGAAGAGCAUCAGCAUUGGCAACAAGACACGAUCAAAUGGGUGGAGAAACACAUGAAAGACCACAAGGUCACGCAUGCGCAGGUACGUGUCUCUUUGCGUGUAUCAAACCUCGGUUCUGUUUUUCUUGAUCGUGAAAAGAAGGACAAAGAAAAGCGUCAGAAGGAAUUGCUCGAGGGGAAUGCAGAAAAGAAGCCAUCUCACAAGAUUCAAUACCACAAGAGGGCUGAGACCAGAGAUUCCAAAUCCAAGGAGUUGGAUCCUCAGAAUUUGAUCAAGAUCGAUGAUUCACCCAUAUCUGUAGACGCUUUGCCUGAAUGGUCCGUGCCGAUUGAAAUAAGUAUCAAUCACGAGGGACACAAUGUUCAGGAACGUAUUUUAUGGAACCUGAAAGAUGAUUAUGUGGAGCCGGAGGACUUUGCUGCAGCUUUUUGCAAAGCUUAUCAUCUCCCGGCUACUUCCGAGAACGAAAUAUCAGAAAGCAUCAGAAACCAGGUCUCUAAGUAUCCUCGAUGGGCUCCCAUGAAGCGAGGAGCCCGGAAUUCACAGCCAGAAACCAUCGUCGAUCUGGAGAUUAAUGUAGAGGUUUCUGCGAUUGAUACUGAGAUCAGAAAUCAAAUCAAGAAGAAAAGUCAAGAUCUCUGGCAGGAUCCAGCAUCUUCAGACAAGUACUCGCUGCCCUCGACCCAUGACCUUGAAGCGCUGAAUGAAUGGACACCCAAGAUAAAUGACCAACUCAGUAUCUUGCUGCCCUCACGUCUUCCUCCGAAAUCUACGUACAAGGAAGAAACGGACAAGAGCAUGAUGGUCGACGAGACUCAGGAGGACUUGGAGUACUUUCGUCAACAAGAGCAAAAGCUGAGAAUGCACAACGACAUGCUCAAGUCAGCCGUUGCAAGUCCCCUCACGUCGCAGUUCCCUGCGCUGAAUCAACCGCUCUUCAAUCAGAAUUCUUCGACACCCAGCGGAAAGGGAAAGUCAAAAGGCUCUUCAGGACGCAAAGGCUCCAAGGCAUCAGCACUGGCCCAGGGCAACAACAUCGCAAGUUUCAACCAAACAGACAACCGGAUGCCUCCGAGCACGAAUGGAACGUACCAGCAGAUGCUUGGCAGGGGAGAACUGGACGUGUCCUUUGGCUCACUUGGAGCAGGGAUGCAUGGCAUGGCAGGGAGUAUGAAUCAAAACCAUCCCACAAAUAUUCAAGGGGGCAGCGGGGGUCACAGGUUUGUAGUAGAUAACGAUCUGAAUGGCCGGCAAGCCGGAGUCACCCAGCUAUCCUUCGAUGUCCAGGGGAAUCUGACGCAGAAGAAGCCCAACAAGAAGCAGAAGAAUCGUCAGUCCGCCCCCUCCUCGUAUGGAAGGAGUGAGAUGGGUGCUCCAGGCCGUCCAUUGCCUCCUCCCUCGUCCUCUCCCUAUCGGAACAGCUCUCUACAGAAUCCAGCAGCGAAUUUCGGGGGCGGCCGGGGGCAACUUACCGUCGAGACCAUCCAGAUGAUGUCAGAGGCAUUGAUGGCAGAUGAGAAUCAGUACGACGCUGCCUAUGGCAACCAGUGGUGA